AUGGGCACUGUUCAAGACCAUAGCGAUCUCGUCGAUCUAUCAUCGACAACCGUACUCCCUGCCAUCGUGGAGUCUCCACCUUCACGUACGCCCUCGCCGUCAUCGUCCAAUACGACCAUCGAGUCACGAGGCCGCGGCUCCUUAGUUGCCGGAAUAGACGCCGCGAGGCUUCGCACUGCACUCUCUACUGCCAGCACAGUCACCUCCCAACGUCGCGAUGCUCCAAUCAGUACUACAUUGCGCUCUUCCAGAGGUGGCGAAAGCUACGAUUCGUAUGAGGAGUCUGCAUCUCAAAUAUCCGAUCCAAGCACAUCCGACGAUAUCGGAAGCCACGCGUCUGGUGAAGUCCUCAUGGAGAUGAAGAGACACUGGGAAACACUCAGCACACAAAGAUUGGAAAUCCGGAGACUAUUGGACGAUUUGCGAAGGGCACGAACACACAUGAGAGCUCUGGCGCAAGCGAAAGACGACGCAGACCGUAAACUUGAACUUGCCCUUCGAUCAGACCACUUCAACACGGACCGGGACACUUUAGAGCCAUAUCUUAUUGCCAUUAGAACGUCAAAGUUGAAAUACCAAGCAGCAGAAACUACUGUUGACCAGCUAAUCGAUAAUGUUGAUGAUGCCAUAUUCGAGGCAGAUAUUAUUGAAGGACGCUUCUACAAUAGGCUUAGUCGUCGAAAUCUGGAGGCCGAUAUUCCUGGACCAGUCAAUGAAUCUCAGGGGAAGCAUCAAGUACCCUCGAGAAUGUCACUUCGUGGCAUCAGUCCCGACCGCAGUGAAGAUUUACACCCUUCGUACGAAAGGCUGAGAGAAGUCUAUGGAGAUUUACAACUUGCAAAGGAGUACUGCAGUAAUCUUGGAUAUAAGCACACGGUUGUGCAAUCAGAAGACCACGAUCUGCUAGGACCAGACGAACUAGAAUUUCUCGAUGACUUUGAGGAUAGUCUUGCAAAAGCAAAAUCCGAUGUUCAGACAUGGUCCCAGAAAUUCGAGGAACUUCGAGCCGAAUGUGCGGCGAAAAAUCUCAUCCCAAAGAGCUCGCCAUUUUUCGAAGACGGUCGAGAUGGUGAUUACCAUGAACCUCAUGUCUUCGUCCCUGAUGAUAUAUCUCUCGAUGAUUGUUUGGUAGAUGAAAGCACAUUAUCUCACUCUCAAUAUUCCCUGCUUGUCACAAAUCCCAAGCAUGUGCUCAACAAACCGCUUCCUCUGACCUCCCAGGGCGCCCUUGAGCAAGCACUGAUGCUUCCACUUAAUACAUCCGGUCGCAACCAGGCUAUUCAGGAAGCAAUGCAUGAGCAUUCUAUAGCAACAUUGCUACAUGACGCAAUUCCAGAGGACAAAACCGACUAUAUCAAUAGGUGGCUCUUACAGAAAUUGAGAAUUUCCCCCAUGGAGGUCCAAGUACUCAGUUUGACAUUUCGAAAAAUCUUAAAAAUACUGGAUUAUAAUCGAUGGCAGCGCGAUGUUUUGAGCUUCUGGCCACGAGACAUAGACAGACAGCCUGUACAAGGUGACAUUACCAUCACAACUCAUAUCAGGCACGAGUUUGAGACUUUGUCCAAUCCCUCGGACAAACGGGAGGAAUCACGCUCGCAGGCAAGGUCUCAGGCAGCUAGUGAGCCACUGUUGCGACCGGCCGACAUUUAUGAUGAUUGGGAGUAUCUCAACAAUCUCCGCGAUGACGGCCAAUCCGAAGGAGCCCUCUGA